CUGAUGUAAUGUUACGGCAGUACAAUUUGUGGGCAAUACCCAUUACAUGUUUAGUGUUGGGAAGGAUUGCCUUGUAAAAUACUGGGAUGCUGAUAAGUUUGAGCUGCUUUGAACUCUUGAGGGACAUCAUGCAGAUGUUUGGUGUCUUGCAAUCAGCAACCAUGGUGAUUUUGUUGUCACAGAGUUUCAUGACCAAUCCAUGUGUCACUGGGAUCAGACUGAAGAACCAUUUUUCAUUGACGAGGAGAAGGAAAAAAGGUUGGAAGAAAUGUUUGAGGCUGACCAUGACAAUUCAUUUGAAAACAGAUAUGCACUCAAGGACGAACGCCCAGAGGAGGGAGCUGUGGCCUUGGCAAGAAAGAGCAACUCAAGAAACCCUUACAGCAACUGACUUGAUUAUUGAUGCAUUAGAUGCAGCAUAGCUGGAAUUGAAGCGCAUUGCUGAGCAUGAGGCUUAUUGGUUCUUCUCUAAGUUUAAUUUUACUG